CGCUACGAGCAGCGCUACGGCUCGCACGCGAUGCGUCGCCUCGUAGUCAACACGCUCGUUUACGCGCUAUAAAAUAUCUGAUAUUGAUAAAUGUGUCCGUUUUAAAAUCUUUGUCAAAUCGAUUUAUGGUUUUCAUGUAGAAAUGCUGGUUGUUACGUUAAUGUUAAUGGCAAAAUGUUGUUUUGGAGUGGUUUCAAAAGUUUGAUUUUUUACUGACUAAAACUUAAGCUGCAUUUUUAUGAAAUAGUAACAACGAUGUUCUAAAUAAGACUUUAAGUGUAUAACCAUAAAGGUUGGUGUUUGUGAAUGACAAUGGACAGUUUCGGGUGAUAAGGACAGUAAGAUGUGGCUCGAGAGGACUUGCUUCUUGUCGUUGCUGCAGGCCAUAGUUUUGUUACCCACGAUGGCGAUGAAAGAUUCUCAAAUGACGACCAAGAAGUUUUCGGAGGAGCCGGAGUUCGAGAGACCCAUAGGGAACCACACCUUCUUUCUAGGCCGAGAAGCUGUACUCGGUUGCGCUGUAACCAAUCUGGGGAAGCACAAACUUGGGUGGCUCCGAGCGGAAGACCAGACCGUCUUGACGAUGCAUGACCGAGCAGUCCUUGGCGCGCGCUACUCCGUCAACUUGGAUGCUCCAAGGACCUGGCAACUGAGGAUCAGGCCCUUGAGAGCGGAAGACCGAGGCUGCUACAUGUGCCAGAUCAACACUCAGCCCAGUAUGAAGUGGCAGAUCGGAUGCAUCGAUGUGUACGUUCCGCCAGACAUAGUGAGUGACGACACCUCAGCAGACGUCUCUGUUCAAGAGCUGGAGAAUGCCACGUUGACCUGUAAAGCGACAGGACAUCCCCCUCCCAAGAUAACGUGGAGGAGAGAGGACCACGAGCCUAUACUUCUGAAGAAACCGUUAUCUAGAGAAUUCGAUAAAGUGGAGAGCUACGUGGGUAGUUCAUUGCCGCUGUGGCGCGUGGACCGGCGGCAGAUGGGAGCGUUCCUCUGCAUCGCGUCCAACGACGUUCCGCCCGCUGUCAGCAAGCGGAUCAUACUCCUAGUUAAUUUCGCCCCCACGGUGAAAGUGCCAAAUCAGUUGCUCGGCGCCCCUCUAGGCACAGACGUGAAACUCAAGUGCUACGUGGAAGCUUACCCCAAUACGAUCAAUUACUGGAUCAAGAAUAGAGGGGAGAUGCUCCUUGACGGGCCAAAAUACACAAUCAGAGAGGAGAAAUCUUCGUACAAAGUGUCAAUGUGGUUGACAAUCAGACAGUUCUCGAAGAGUGACAUCGGCACUUACAAUUGCGUCAGUACAAACUCCCUCGGGAAGAGUGAAGGAACUUUGAGGCUUUACGAAAUAAAACUCAACUCUUACUCAGAGGACUUCAGUAAUCAAAUCAGCGUCGCCGGAGGUCUCACGGAAGCAGCAAAGGGAAACAGCACCGACAAAAUGCAAACAAAAUGGACGCUGAUUUUACUAACGAUUUGUUUAUUAAACCUGACGUAGCUGUACGAAAUAACCAACGAAUUGUAAAUAGAAUUUUAAAAAUAACAAAAAAAAAGUACCCGUUAAAAACAUUUGUCAUGCUUUAAAAUAAUUGGAAACGUAAUUCAAUUACACAUUUCAAUUCCUGUAAAUAUUAAAAUGUAAGUGAUAAUCUUUCAUUGUAUAAAAUAAAGAGGAAAAAUGCGAUGUAGAUAUAAGUAAUAUUGUUGUAUCAUUUUUAUUAGUCUGUGUAACUCCGUUUCGCUUAGAGGACCGCCAAAAUUAAAGUAUUGUUUACAUUCCCCAGAUGAUGUGAACUUAUCGCUCGAUUAUAAGACUGUUUACAAAGAAUAAAAAUGGAAAGAUAAUAAUAACAGUGCAUACUUAUUUUUUUUUUUCAUCUUCCCCUCGCUAGAAUGAGAAGCUGCAAUUAAAACUGAGCGUAACUUAAUUUGCGCAACAUAAUGAGUGUUCAUUAGGUGUUUUAAUUAAACGCCUCCGUUAUUUACAUUAGAUAAGACAUUCGUUGAAUUAUAAUUGAUUUGUAUCGUUACGCAGAACUGUUUUCAUUAUAAAUCCAAUUCGCUAGUUAAUGUCUUUGUG